GCUGCUGUUUACACACGAGCACCUUUUAGCUAACUUGUGCUAAUCGAGGUGCGGUGGUUGGGGACCCUGUAGUUUGAACUCCCCCGGUUGGGAGGGCUCAUCCUGCUCAGCUGCUGCCCGGGCUCCCUGCCCUGCUGACGGGCCGCUUCAUUGAACAGACCAGUGAGGAAACAGGGAGGGACGGACAAGGACAAAUGAAACCGGAGUGAGGAGGCUCAGACGCGGCGCAUGUUGUCAGUGAGGAGGAAGCGGACUGCGGCUCAGUCUCCGGGGCUACGCCUCCCUCUGUCCCGUCCCGUAGCUGCUAACACCGCAUCUGUUGUUAUUUACCCACCGGCCUGUUCUCCACCGGAGCACCGCGCUCUGGUUCCCUCGCCGUGGACGCGUUUUUCCACCCGGAAUGCCCCCGAACCACUCGGCUGACACGGUGAACGGCUGACGAUGGCUCCGGCGCGGAUGGUUGGCAAAGUUAUGGCGAGACUUUUGGGAAGUGUUCAGCCUCUUCGCUGCGGACUCACGGCCAAACGUCCGGCUGCAUUUCUUCACACGGCUCAGCAGAGGUGGCCUCCACUUGGACAUCAAGCUCUUUUCUACAGCACACUCCCGUCCUCCAGUGAUGUGUCUGUGAGGUACAAAUAUGGCCGUUUGGUUCUGGAGGUCCCGUUGCCAUCCAGGAACGAGAACUGUCUGUUCUUCCUCCGGCCCAUGCUGAUGAGCGUGGGAGACCUGAUCACAGAUCUGCAGAGAGAGGACCCUGGACUGACUGCUUCUAUCAUCUCCAAGGACGGAGAGCACAUACCCAGCACCACGCUCAUCGAUGCUCUGCUGGAAAAGGAGUUCCAGCUCGUCAUCAACGAUGCCGUCUACGGUGUCAAAGCACCUGAAAAGGUGUGUGCAUCCAGCGAGCUCGCCAUGGAGCUGGAGGACAUGAAGUACGUUGUGCACCUGCUGCACACAGCGCUCCACAUGCCCGAGCACCAAAUGCUGAAAGAGAGGGAGCUGCUGGAGAAACUGGACAACCUCAAACAAGAACUCUCGCCUCUAGAGCAGAUGAAGGCUCAGCUGUCUCAAUCAGCAGAGUUCCACAGCUCCAAGGUUCUCUGGACCGGCAUGGCCCUGCUGUCUGUGCAGGGUGGAGCUCUGGCCUGGCUCACCUGGUGGGUCUACUCGUGGGACGUGAUGGAGCCUGUCACUUACUUCAUCACCUACGCCACCAGCAUCGGAGUCUUUGCCUAUUACGUCAUGACCAAACAGGAUUAUAUCUACCCAGAGGCUAAAGACAGGCAGUUCCUUCAUUACUUUUAUAAAGGGGCCAGCAGGAAGAGAUUCAGUGUGGAAAGAUACAACGAACUGAAGGAUGAAAUGGCUCAGGUGGAGGAGGAUCUGAGACGCCUGAAAUAUCCAACUGAACUUCAGCUGCCACUCGAACAGAUUCAGCCAAAGCCAUGAACCAAAGUCAGGCCAUGAAGAGUCACUGACACACACACACACACACACACACACUAAGGAGCAAAAACACAUUUUCUUUUGAUAAUGGUCCCUUUUUAACCAGGAAUCAAUAUCAUUCUGCGUUUUGUUUACAAUAUUGAUAAUGAUGCCAUUAAUAUCUCUGAGAAAAAUACUAACUCUGAAGACUGUUGAAAUAAAGAGUAUUUCCCCAGCACUGGGAGCAUCUCC